UUCACGGAAACGGCAAGUGACGCACUGCGGCCGGCGCAAGGCAAUGACGUGUAGCAAUAUUUGUAUCAGCUGUUUACGGGGUUGUCACCCACUACGCACUUUUAUGUCUAAUGCGUGAGACAAUAACGAGGCAUCAGCCACAUAGUGGGUGUAUUUUAAUUUAGACGCAUGUGAAAACUAAGGAAAUUUUAGAUGAGCAAAAAUCUUCUGUAGGCCUACGUGAAUUGCACGUUAUAAAAGAAAUAAGGCAGAAUGAUUUUUUAAAAGUAAUAAUUGUCAAACAACUUAAAAUCUAUUACAUUAACCCUUGUUUAGAUUGUAAGUUGUUUGUUGAAGUCUGGUGUAUGGUUUGAUUGUGUAUCCAAUUUUCUUACUACCAAAUCUCUCCGUACUGUAUGACUGCAAAAAGAAAAUAGACCAAUAGAUUUUACAGGUGAAAUAACUUCAUCUAUUUAAUCUGAGAAAACCAAUUUCUCUGAAAUACCAAUUUCACCAAAUGAAAAUUUGUACAAUACUAUAUGUUGCCCUAUUAAGGUUAAAAAUGGGUAAUAUCACAAGACAGUGAAAUACAGAAUUGAUCUGCCAGUUAAGAAGCAUGGUGUCUAAUUAGUGUUCACUUCUUCGUGCCCAUGUGAGUGUGUACAUUUAUCUGUCCUGUGAAGGACUGGCAUCCUGUCCUAGGUGUGCUCCACUUUUGUGCCCUAUGCUGCCCAUGCAGAACUCCUGAUCCCUCUGUGAUUCUGAUAAAAAUAAGUGGUUGAAAGUGGAUUUAUGGAUUUGCCAAUCAAAUGCAUCGUUUCUCAUAAUGAAUAUUUGGAUAUUUCUUUAUGAGCCUUUCAAAGAGGGCUAGACAACUGAUUACAAUUACCAGUUUUAGCAUGAAAUCCCAUGGAGACUUUUACUUAUACAGGUUAUAUCGCGAAAAUGUGGAAACAGCCAAAUAAACUAUUUUAAAGACAGUUUCUCUAUAUUGCUUAUGUAGAAAUAUUACUAAACUAAGAUAUAGUUUAAGAAAUUGUAAAAUGUGUCUACAUACAUAAAGUGUAUUACAUGAUAUGUUACUCAUAUUUUAUGGGUACAGCUGUAUUAAAUCAAAAGUAUUAUUUUAAAUAUCCAUCCAUCCAUCCAUCUCCCAGUCCAUUAUCCAGUACAGGGGCAGAGGGGGUCUAUGGCACAAGAUGAGGAACAUGCUGAGUGGGAUGCCAGUCCACACUAUGGACAAUAGAGACAAAGGUUCUAUUCAUAGUGUGUCUUCGAACUGUGGAAGGCAAACCAUGCAUGCUUGGGGAGGACGCGCAAACCCCAUGCACCAUGGGGAUGGAUUCAAACCCACAAUCAUGAAGGCGUCAUGUGAUGGUAUUGAUGUGUUUCCAUUGGACAGCUGUCCUUCGUUCCUGUUUGCACUGUAUCCUGGUAAAUGUAGUCAUCUGUGUUCACAGAACCAUGACCUAUUCAAGUAUGUUUACAUACUGACAAUAAAGAGUUCUAAGCUCUAAAUAUAAAGUUGGUCAAAUUAAAGUUCAGUCUGCAAAUUUUGCAGUCAAGGACAUUUGGCACAUUCAAGGUAUAGUCAGACCAUAACCUGGAGUGAAAUGCAAGACUAUCUAUGGAUUAAACUACAAACAAAUACACAUUGUCUUAUUUUUGAAAAGUAUUGUGCAUUGAUAGUAAAUAAAUCUACAUAUGAAAUUUGUUCAUAUGCAGUGGAACUAAUCUGCAUGCAUAAUCCCCAGUCCUUUCAGAUGCAUUAUAAAUAGUCUACACGGGCUGGUAACGACUGCGCCUGCAGGCAGAAGCUAAACGCAGUGCAUAAGCAAAUAUUUUCAUAGGCUUGCAGCUUUCAUUUGCAGAGGAAAGAAGUAGAAUAAUAUCGUAGAGAGACAGGCUGAUCUGCGCGUUUAAUAAGCGAAGGGGAUGAAGGGGACGGGGGUGCGAAUUCUCUGGGCACGCGGCCCUGGGAAAUGGGAAUGACGUAGUGGGAGAGGUAGCUAUAUAGUCCGUCGGGAGAGCCUCAGCAUCUCUGUGCGCGGUUGCUACGUCUAAAAAAAAGUGUACUGGGCGUGAUCUGAAAUAAGAUCUGAAACAAAAAAAUCUCAGAAAUGCAAUGUCUCCGAUUUAUCCCGGAAUACACCGGCGUGUUUACGAAUAUGAUAAAGCCAGACGCGGCUCCCCCACGUCUGGCUGCUAGAUUGUAAAUAGGAAGCAUUUUGGGAGUGCGGGGGGGGGGCACUCGGUGGGAAGGGGAGGGUCGAGUUUCAGGAAAAGAAGGAGAACGUUUUUUUGAGGGGAGGGCAAGAAGUUGAUACUUAAAAAACGAGAAAACAUUUGACAUAGUGGGCUCGCUGUGCGCUUGUGCGGAGCCGUCGGUGCGUGGGGAGAAGAUGGCCGGGAGCUGCAACAACCUGGCGACUGCGAGCGGGGAGAUCAUCCAGCUCAACGUCGGCGGUACGAGGUUCAGCACCUCUCGGCAGACGCUUAUGUGGAUUCCUGACUCCUUUUUCUCCAGUUUGCUCAGUGGUCGGAUAUCGACUCUUCGGGAUGAAACUGGAGCGAUAUUUAUAGACAGAGAUCCAACAGCAUUUGCACCAAUUUUGAACUUCCUCCGGACCAAAGAAUUAGACCUUAGGGGUGUAAACAUUAAUAUCCUUCGACAUGAAGCUGAAUUUUAUGGCAUCACACCUUUGGUACGGAGGCUGCUCCUCUGUGAGGAGCUGGAACGCUCCUCGUGUGGCAGCGUGCUCUUCCAUGGCUACCUCCCACCUCCAGCCAUCCCGCCUCGUAAGGACAGUGCAGUCCCCUCACCUGCCACCGCUGCCCAGGAGGAGCGGCCGGGGCCAGGGGGGGCCGAGGGGGGCCUCCCUAGGCCCUGUCCUCACGCCUCCCUCCCCAGCCCUCCUGGAUCUGAUGCCCCACAAAGACUGGGCUCACCUGUAGACCCCAGGAAAGUGUUGAUAGUUGCUGGGCACCACAACUGGAUCGUUGCAGCAUAUGCACAUUUCGUCAUCUGUUACAGGAUCAAGGAGUCCUCCGGGUGGCAGCAGGUGUUUUCCAGCCCUUACCUUGACUGGGCUAUAGAGCGCGUGGCCCUUAAUGCGAAGGUGGUCGGCGGUCCCCACGGCGACAAGGACAAGAUGGUUGCCGCGGCGUCUGAAAGCAGUAUUAUCCUCUGGAGUAUCCAGGAUGGAGGCAGCGGAAAUGAAAUAGGUGUGUUCAGCCUGGGCGUGCCGGUGGACUCUCUGUUCUUCAUCGGGAGUCAGCUAGUAGCCACCAGCCACACGGGGAAGGUGGGAGUGUGGAACGCCGUCACCCAGCACUGGCAGGUGCAGGACGUGGUCCCCAUCACCAGCUGCGACACAGCCGGCUCCUUCCUGCUGCUGGGGUGCAACAACGGCUCCAUCUACUACAUCGACAUGCAGAAGUUCCCCCUGAGAAUGAAGGACAACGACCUGCUGGUGACGGAGCUGUACCACGACCCAUCCAACGACGCCAUCACCGCGCUCAGCGUCUACCUCACCCCCAAGACCAGCGUAAGCGGGAACUGGAUCGAGAUCGCAUACGGGACGAGCUCCGGCGCGGUGCGGGUCAUCGUGCAGCACCCGGAGACUGUGGGCUCGGGGCCUCAGCUCUUCCAGACGUUCACCGUGCACCGCAGCCCCGUUACCAAGAUCAUGCUCUCCGAGAAGCACCUUGUCUCUGUGUGCGCCGACAACAACCACGUGCGGACAUGGACGGUGACUCGCUUCAGGGGCAUGAUCUCCACCCAGCCGGGAUCCACGCCCCUGGCCUCCUUCAAAAUCCUGUCCCUGGAGGAGGCUGAGAGCCACGGCAGCUACUCCUCCGGCAACGACAUCGGACCGUUUGGAGAGAGGGACGACCAGCAGGUCUUCAUUCAGAAAGUCAUUCCGAUAACCAACAAACUCUUCGUGCGUCUCUCCUCUACUGGAAAAAGGAUCUGUGAGGUGCAGGCGGUGGACGGCACCACCAUCACCUGCUUCACGGUGCGCGAGUGCGAGGGCUCCAGCCGCAUGGGCUCUCGGCCGCGCCGCUACCUCUUCACAGGCCACGGCAACGGCAGCAUCCAGAUGUGGGACCUCACCACGGCCAUGGACAUGGUCAACAAGACGGAGGACAAAGCUAAGCGGGACGCAGCAGAGGUAGGCGGUCCCACAGAGGAGGAGCUUCUGAAGUUGCUGGACCAAUGUGACCUGAGCGCCUCGCGCUGUGCCACACCCAACAUAAGCCCCGCCCCUUCCGUCCUGCAGCACAGCCGCCUGCGAGAGUCCUGCUCUAGCCUGCAGCUACAAGCACACGACCCCAUUCCUGAGACGGCCACCUAUGGAGCGCUGCGUCCCUACCGAGAGAGCCCCCUGCUGGCCCGCGCUCGCCGCACCGAGAGCUUCCACAGCUACCGCGACUUCCAGACCUUCAAUCUGGGCCGGGGUCUGCUGGAGAUGGGGCCCCUGGAGGCGCGGCACCCACCCGCCGACCCUGGCACUGAGGCCGGGGAGAAGAGGGGUUCUGCCGCAGAACUGUGGCCCAGCCGGGCCACCGAGGUCCAGCCCGAGUCUCCCCGGCAGGCCCCGGACAGCCCUGGGGACGCUCGGAAGAAGGUGCCGCAUGAGGAGGAUGGGCAGGACGCCAGAUUUGAUGGGAGGAAGAAGGGGGCUUUUGAGGGGACUUUUCUGGGCAGGAAGAGGGCACCCCCAAUGCCUCAGCUUGCCUCCUUGCCUUCCAGCACGGAGGGUGGGGGCAGCGACUCUUCCAGCACUGCGUCCCCCUCCCCGACCAAGGUGUCAACCUCACCCCGACACCGGAAGGGCAUGGAGCCCCCGGGCCAGGAGUACCUGUGAGUGUCGGACACACGGAGAGACGCCCGUCAACGCUGACAGAGACAUGGCAGCAGCACGCAUGUACCCCCAGAUACGGAACCACAUCUGUUUCUCAUGUAGCUUUGCAUUCUGGUCCGCUGGUCAUAUGGGCUAUGGAUGGGCUAUAGUCCCUCAUCUCCCACGGAUAGCCCAGACAGGAGGGAGGCUCAUAUAGCCCUCCGUUAUGAUUUCAGUCCCAGAGGGCCAUUCCUGUGGGUGGGGUGGGUUCGGAAACCUCAGCUUUGCUGCAAUAUCUGUCUGGUUGCUGUCAUCACAUUGCAUUCGCCCGCUGCGCGCUGGUGGCUGUUCUGAGCCCUCAACUGGAAUGCUUUCUCAGAUCUUCUUGUGAAGUUUAUUAAGUGAAGUGGUGAGAAGCUCACGCACUGAUGCCAGGGUUCCGUGAAGUUUUGCUUUCAAACGUUGUCCUCUUGGACAGGAGUGUUUUUGGGCUGAGCGUCAUAGUGACAAGUCAUUAACGUAAUAGAAAUCGAUGCGUUUAAAAUGAGUCCUGCUGGGCUUUGAGUGAAGCCGACGGCAGCUGGUUCAAUGGCUGAGGGUGGGUGGGCGAUCGGACCGCCGAGGCCCUGGGAGAGUGGAGGAAGCAUACGUGUGUGGCUGGUGGGGGCUGGUUGUCCUCUCACCCCCUGGGCAUGUCAUUCUCAGGUGAUACCGUAUCGAGUCAUCAAGAUGGGUGAUGUUUCCCUAUUUUUUUGUCAUAGAAUUAAAAAUUAUUGAAGUUAAACUAUCAGAAUUAAUUUUUCAUAGCUAACAGGAGAGGGAAUCUAGCAUGUUUCUCCCUGAUUCCAUUGUAAUCUUUCUUACUCACUCAGUGCCUUUUUAACACUCGCAGCUGUGGAUCAAUAUAUGGUUACAGGCCACUGGACAGGAAUGAGACCAAAGUGAGGGAGUUGAGCCCUGUUCUCAUUUAGGAUGUGUGACCGGGACUUGGUCCUCAGCGUGGAGUGAGAAUGGUUUUCCUUACAGCCAUUUUUGUCAUAUUACACGGAAGACACAUUUCGGCUGUAUAGAUUGGCUCAAUAUAUGCAUUAUGUCAAAUUAUAUUUUCCUUGCUCCUCAUAUAUAUGCAGUCCAUGAUAUUUAUAUGUAAUUGUUCUAACACGGAAUUGCACUGUUACUAAGGAAGCAUACAGAAUAGUACUUACAGGUUUAUUGAAGAAACACUAACUGAUCACAAUGGGGACUGAGCUUUCUACUUACAUGAAAUCCUGUCCCUUUACAUGCCAUUUACAGAACUGGCUGUAGUAUGUUUACAAUGUCAGUCCAGUCAAUAUAAUGUGGUUUGUAUAUAGAAUAAUGUAUUUAUGUUGUCUAACUGUUUUUGUACAGCACCUGUAUAAAGGAGAAUAUUAAUAUUGAGUUGUUCAUGGUUACAGCAAAUGCAUGAGAGAACUUUAUUUUUAAAGGGUUAAUGUGGAGGAUGUAGGUCUGUGCUUGAAUGUAAUGGAAGGAUCAUUAAUGAGGAGGGAUUCACACUCUUUUAGGAUGCGUGUGGGACAGUCAGGGUUCUGCACCAAAGCGGGGCAGACCGCACUCGCUGCAUAUUAUGGUCUGUAUGAUGCGAAGGCAGGCUGCAGUGACGUGCUGCUCGGCCAGACCUGCCGUUAAUGCACCAUCAUUCUCGUGGCGAGUUUAAAGGCAGAACGCGGCCUGUUGUUAAAAAGACCAUCUUGCUGAUGUUGUUUAUCCACGGGGGGGCGGCGGAGACAAGGAACCCUAACUGUCCCAUGAAACUGCGUUCCUAAAUCAGAAGUCGAAACGGAGAACCGAUUGGUGGACUUUUGGCUUUUAUGACGUGUCCAGGACUCGGUGCGCAGUCUGAGCAACUCGACUGUUGGUGUCUCUCCUCAGUAACUAUAGAGACUGGGUGCUGUCAUUAGCGAUGGGCAGGGGGGAUGCUCCAAUGCUGGAUUAUGUGUGUUUAAUGUUGCGGUACAGUUCAAACCGGGAUCAAGCUGGUACCUGAAGCUGCCCGACAGCCAGCAGCUGUGUCAUUAGCCUCUACUGACAGAAUAAAACAGCUAACCUGCAA